CUUAAACAGAUGUGACAUUAUGUGCCACUUGCAACAACAGCAGGGUUACCCGAAUUUCUGCUCAACGCUAAAGCAUCGUGCUGAAGAGAAGGGAGACUAACGCAUAUUUUUUCAACGUAGAACAAUGUAUAUUGUCUGGAUAUUUGCAGCUUUGCAGUCGUUCGUUUUGGCGUGUGAUGCGAUUGGACCUGGUUUAUCACGUCUGAAGCCUAACAUGCAAAAUAACGACCUGAGUUCAGUUUCGUGGGAGUCGACCUCCAUGGGAUACUCAAAUGAACCUAAUUCCUACGCAUACUGGAACUGUCACACAAUUCCACCAAAUAUGACAUUGUGCAAAAGCGUUGGUUAUUCUCGCAUGGUUUUACCCAACUUUCUACAACACGAAAGUAUUCGUGAAGUAAUCCAACAAGCGAAUGUAUGGGUUGCGUUGGUGAACACUGACUGUCAUCCGGAUAUUCAGAGAUUUCUCUGUUCCCUGUAUGCACCCGUAUGUUUGAAGAGUCAUCAAGAGGCAAAGAUACCGCCCUGUUGGGAAUUGUGUGAUCAAGUCAGGAAUGCAUGUUUGCCGAGGAUGCGUCUAUUUGGGUUUGAUUGGCCAGAAAUUGUACAGUGUAAACAGUUUCCCCGUUUGGCCGAGAGUAUGUGCAUUCCACCACAGGAGACUACUGCGGUCAAAUGCGCCCCUUGUGAACAGGCCAUCACACUGGAGAACAUCGCGAGCAGCUACUGCAUGGCUGAUGUUGUACUAAAGGCCUCUUUCAAGGAUGUUGAACUACAAUCCAACAGAGCAUCACUAAAACUCACCCCGAACUCCAGAACACGCGCUCUUAAAUUGCACCGAAAGGACGGAACAAUUGCUACUAGCUUUGACUUCCAGCGCCUAAAGAAACGAAAUCGCAUGCGGCGGUUACGGUCUGCAAAAUCGCGAAUCUAUCGGCACGCAGCUACAAAUGAAGCGAAUUCCGAGACAUUUGCCUCACUACCAUCCAUGUUCUCGCACAUACCACACGGAAAGCACUGGAUAGUAAGGAGCCAUCGUUCAGUAGGACGGUCACCUUCCAAUGCAAUGUAUAUUCAAACACUGUCCCGUAAACGAGAUACCAGUCGCAAACGCCGUACCAGGAAUUCGCAGUUGAACGACAUGGACGGAAUAACCGAAUUGCUAUUGGGUUGUUCGACCUGCUCCAGUCUAGGCCAUUCUAUGAACGCGGAGACUAAUGCGGAACUGGACAAAAAACGUAACAUUUAUGGUCAAUUGGGAUCGAGAUUCUGCGGAAUUUCGACGAUCUCUUGCUGCUAUUCGCACGCAACCUGUAUCGCACUUGUGUCCAAAGCAACAUCGACGCUGACGACACACAGCAUUCAAAAUGAAAAUCACCGUUCUGAAGGUGCUCAGCCUUAUUCCAGGAGCGAGGGAAACGCUGGAAAUGGUAGAAGACCAGAUGAAGUGCUUAAUGACCGACUGAGGUAUACUCAAUGGUUAAGUAGUCCUCAGGCAGCGCAAUGGUACAACCCAAACAUGAGGGCGGCAACAGAUCUCCAAAGCACAGAAGAACGCCGACAACAAAGACGCCGCGAACGACGGCUAUGGAGGCGCAAACAAAAAGAGGCACAGUUGAAUCACCAAGCUGGGCAAACGGGUGCGCACCAUAGUGAGCUUAAGUCCAAUCUAAGGCAACAACCUAUCAACCCUUAUGGAAAUGAGGACCGCAGUCCUUCACACUGGCCUUAGACCCAAACAGCCCAAUUUAUCUGAGAGAUACUACGGAUUAUACAGGGUGAAUUUUUAAAUAUCCUUGUUAAUUUACAUCUUUUUAUGUGUUCAUACUUCUCAAAACUUGGCAUUUGAACAAAAGUAGCUUGCUCUCAUCAUCUGUCGAAACACGCCAAGGGCUGAGUACUUUUAUCUCUAUAGCUGCGACGUACCACGUUCCUCCCAUUGUAAUAAAUCGAGUGAACACCUUAAUGUUUUCAUUAGCACAACGUAUCUAGCUAAUUCAAGUCCGUCUACCUCAACUCCUUUGUGAGCAUGACAUCCCAUUACAUACAAGUUAUCUAUUAAAUUUGGAGUCUCCCGAUCGUCCCAAGUGUACUGGUCAGUUUUUAUUUUGGUCUAUAUUAUUGUUAUUAUGAUCGCCAAUAUUAUGAAUGUUCCUACUGAUCAAC